CACAAACGUGUUAAAAAAGUUGUUUUGCCAAGUAAAAAGGAUAUUGACAUAUUAUACAGAUAUCUGACGGACAUAGUACACAAAUGUAUUGAAUCGUUAGAAAAAUCGUUUUGUUUGGAGUCCUGGAUACAAUUGGUAAAGGCUACUAUGAUAUUAAUUCAAACUUUCAACAGAAGACGAGCUGGAGAAAUCGAACGGCUGCAAAUCUCUAAUUUUUUAAACAAAGAAGUCAUUACUGAUGAUAUGGAAAAAGAAUUGCUGCAAUCAGUAUCAAAGAGCUCCAUUUCAUUUGCCAAACAAUAUGUAAAAAUUUCGAUUCGAGGAAAGUUAGGCCGCACAGUGCCGGUUUUGCUCAGCCCCGUAAAUGUAAGGGCUAUAGACAUUAUAUUGAAAUACAGAUCAAAGGCAGGGAUAACUAACAAAAAUCAAUACAUAUUUAGCAACCCCUUGGCUUCUAAGCAAGGCAAGCCUUAUUUUAGAGCAUGUGGACUCCUUAGGCAAUACUCGAAGGAAUGCGGCGCUAAAAUACCAGAAAGUCUAAGAGGGACAGCUUUGAGAAAGCAAAUAGCAACCUAUAUGUCUAUUAUUAAUGCGGAAGAUGCGGCGGUCGACAAAUUAGCAGAUUUUAUGGGCCAUCACAAAGAUAUACAUAAAAAUGUUUAUCGAACAUCUAUACCAGCGGCUGAAAUAACUUGUGUGGCAAAAAUUUUAAUGGCAGCUAUAAGAGAUGAAGAUGAUCCUAAUGAAGAUGAUCCCAAUGAAGAUAAUCCCAACGAAGGUGUUCCCAACGAUGAUGUUCCCAACGAAAAUAAUCUCACCGAAAAUGCUUCUAACGAGGGUAGUCCCAACGAUUUUGUGAAUGGUAAACCCAUUCAAGAAAAAUGCUUAAGUAUAGUACAUCGUCAAAAAACUCGUAUAGCUACAAGCGAAUUAGACGAAGAGCUUAGUACGGAUGAAGAUUUUAUCCCCUCUAAACGGAAAAGAAGUACCUCACCAUUUGGAAAAACUACGCAUCGAAGUUGGAAGGAUGAUGAAAAAGCAGCAGCCUUAGCGGCUUUUGGUGACCCAUUGCUUUUACAUCAACUACCCAGCAACAGCGAAUGCCUUUCAGCAAUAAACAAAUGUCCGGCCUUAAGCGAGCGUACACCACAACAGCUAAAAACAUGGAUAGACAAUCAGCGAAGAAAAGAUAUAAGAAAGAAGCGUUUUCAGGAGUCAAAGUUACAGAAACAAAAGCAAACAAAAAAGAAACAGUAAGAACAAAGUUAUUCUUAAACAUUGUAGGCUACAAUAUAAUCAUCUUUUUUACGGCUUGCGAUUUCGUAAAAUAAAAGAUUUUCUUAUCUAUAUCGUCAUGGUUGAAAGCAUUUUGUAACCAUAUUUCUAUAUAGUGAGAAACAACAAGCAAACCUAAAUUUAUAAAGUAGAAGACAUGUUUAUAGCUGAAAACCAAAUUUUUUGUUUUGCCAAUAUGUUCGUCCAGAACUCAGGGAAGUAUUGUAAUUAUUGUUCAUUUUAACAAUGUAUUUUUCAUGUUGAGAAAGUUAGUUUUAUUUCGUCACCUAAAAUGCCAAAAGGCGUAACCCUCAAAAAUCAAAAAUCGUUUAUUGAUUGAAUCUAGUACACAAGCCUAAAAUACAUGCUCCUGCAUUUGUAAUCCAAUCAUCACGAAAUUUUACAAAUAUGAAUUUUUUGGUCUAGAGCCAACGCUAUGAAUUUUUAUGA